GAAAGUGGUUUAUCAUGGGAUUUAUUUUUCCACUUAUCUGACUAUCCUCGCCCCCUUGAUCGAGGAGCUUUGCCUUAUAUUUCAUUCCGAUCUGGGGGCAGAGCUGCCAAAGGGAAGGGAUGCAGAAGAAAAUAAAAAGUUAGCGCAAGCCAGGGUGGGACACAAGGAGACAGCGAUCGGAUUUGGGUGCAACAGGUCAGAUCCACACAACGUGCUUAACCCAAUAAUUUGUGGGAUUGUGAAUGCAACCAUCGCAGCCAAAACCCAAAGGCGAACGAACGAAUGGGGGGAAAAGUCAAGGCCAAAGGGGUCAGUCAGUCAGGCUCGUAUAUAUCCUCGCAGGGAGGUGCGAUACCACCAGACACCUGAACUCGUGUACUCUGUUACUCCGUACCUGGAUAGAGGAUGAGGGAGGUGAAGAUGUCGACAGUGAUCCUGCACACUGUUUAAAUUUCGUUAGCAUGUCGGGCUUUUGAAGAAGACAUCAGUUAUGGAAAUUUCCGACAAGCAGACUGCGUUGCGUGGAGCGUGCGUGGGAAGCGAAGCCAGCCUGAUGCAUCACACAAAAGACAGGGCUGGAUAGAGAGUGAGCGUGGCAGCACACUACUUAGUACUGUGUACUCCGUACAGCGUAAGCAAGAUGCCACCGUACUGGUUGUCUUGGAGUCUUGCCGAAGAAGAUGGGGUAUGACAUCGUCGCCGCUGACGAUCAAAAUGGCAAGUCGACUGGCCAAAGCAAGUGUCGCGCAAACAACGGCUGCACUACCUGAAGCUAGUUGACGCUAACUUUGGGCCGGGUUUCGAUGCCAUUGGCCACUACGAGGGAAGGCACCGCGCCGAAACCUGUUGUUAACCAGCGUUAACUUGGGCUUCUUUUACGGGCCUAGGUUGUUAGCGUGGUAUUAAUAAUUCUCACAACUCUGUUUGUGGUAAUAAUAAACCAGCCCGCC